AUGGUUCAACUCAAGCCAUUGCUGAAUGACUUCAUGCGUUGUACUGUCAAAGAUGGGGCUUCUUGUUCCUUUUGGUAUGACACAUGGACCUUGCUAGGACCCCUGAUCUCUGUCAUUGGUGAAAGUGGACCUCGUAUGUUGAGAAUAUGCAAUAACGCUUCGGUCUCGAAGGCUGUAAGAGAAGGUUCUUGGUAUCUACCGUCGGCGCGUUCUCCUGCAAGCCAGACCUUGCAUAUUGUCCUCACCACAAUGAAACCUCCAUCAUCGAACAACUGUGCUGACCAGUAUCUAUGGCGGAAACAAGAUGGGAGCUUCAGACCAAUUUUCUCUUCCAAGACAACUUGGGAGCAUAUCAGACAGCCCUCCCCGACUGUUAUUGGGCUAAGGAAGCUUCCCACACGUGAUCGACUAAGAAGAUGGGGACUCAUCGUUCCACAUGACUGUGUUCUUUGCUCCUCAGGCAUUGAAACACACCACCACCUCUUUUUUGAAUGUCCUUAUUCUUCUAGUACUUGGAAGCAUUUCGCUCAGGCCAUCUUACCUGCAACUCCUCUCGACAUUCACUCCGCAGCUGCUAUGAUCUCUCGCCUCCACCAUCCCUCCCACGCUCCACCUGUCAUCAAGCUUAUCUUCCAAUCCGCCAUCUACCUCAUUUGGAGAGAACGUAACGCUUGUGUCUUCACUUCAGUCUCCACCUCUGCUGAUGGACUCUGUCGUGCUCUUGACCGCUUGAUUCGGGACCGGCUUCUCUCUUAUCCAUCGCCAGACUCUUCUCCGUCACUGCUGCAGUUCUAUUUCUCGUGCAUUAGGCCUCUUUGA